AUCAUAAUAAAGUGUCGCGCACCUCAAAGGAGCAAAUAGAGUGCUACCUUAACUUUGUGCGGGUUCACCCGGAAAUAAAGUUGCACAAAAACGAUCCUUCGCGGCCGAAAAGAAUGGAGGAGCUUUGGGCGGAACUCUCCGCACAAUUAAAUGCCCUAAAAGGGCCCACCCGGAACCCCAUCAAAUGGAGAGAGAAUCUGACCCAUUGGAAAAACCAAGUAAGGUCACACGCAAGGAAAGCCAAGGCGCACAAUCUGGUGACAGGUGGCGGUCCCAGCUCAACAAUUGAGCUCUCUGAAAUGGAGCAGAGAGCGUUGGAUACGUUGGGGUCAGUCGCUGUUGAUGGGUUGACUGAUGUACCAGCCAUUGGCACAGAGGAAGAAGUAGUAUUCACAGCUGCACCAUCGCCCCUGAAUACGACUUCGGAUGCGUCCAAUUACGACACUCCGUCAUCGUCUCGCAGAAAAAAAAUGACGACGGACGAAAUGUUCCGCAAUUAUAUGGAUCGUAUGAAAGGGAAAGCCGAGGAGGAAAGAGAUUUCCGUAUUAAAACGUUAGAUUCAAUUAUUAAAUACACGGAGUCUAUCAAUAAUUUAGCGGCAGUGAUGGUGUCGCUUGCUCAAACUAUUGUGAAAAAAACAGAAGAGAAAAAGUGAAAAAUGUGUACAUUAAUUGAAUUAUUUAUUGCUGUGUUUUUUGUACAAAAAGUAAAAAACUCUCGUAAAAAACUCUGUAGAAUUGGUCUACCAAAACAUUUCAUUCUGUUGGUGUGAAUUAAUUCUGUGCAAGAAGGGUGAGUGAAUGAUGUUCGUGUGAAUUAACAACUGUUAACUCGAGUUAUUGUAGUUGCACGACUAGAAAGAAGUACAGUAGAACUCCAAUUAUCCGAACUCCGACUAUCCGAAUCGCCGAUUAUCCGAAUCACAAAAAAUUGUCCAAAAAAGUCUAAGUGCGCUAUUAUUUUUCCCCCGCGAAGCCAGUAAGAAACAAGAAUAUGUAGAGGAUGAUGAUGAUGUUGUCACUAGAGGAAAUAAGAAAAAUGAUUGUAACGGGUGAUUUUUUUGAGGUUAGGAUUUUCAUGCAUUAGUAUUUGACAGAUCACGUGGGAUUUCAGACAUGGUGUCAAAGAGAAAGAUGCUCAGUAUGCUUUGACAUUUCAUCAUGAAUAGACUUACUAACGAGCAACGCUUGCAAAUCAUUGAAUUUUAUUACCAAAAUCAGUGUUCGGUUCGAAAUGUGUUUUCCGCUUUUUUAUCGACAAAUUUUGUUCAGCGAUGAGGCUCAUUUCUGGUUGAAUGGCUACGUAAAUAAGCAAAAUUGCCGCAUUUGGGGUGAAGAGCAACCAGAAGCCGUUCAAGAACUGCCCAUGCAUCCCGAAAAAUGCACUGUUUGGUGUGGUUUGUACGCUGGUGGAAUCAUUGGACCGUAUUUUUUCAAAGAUGCUGUUGGACGCAACGUUACGGUGAAUGGCGAUCGCUAUCGUUCGAUGCUAACAAACUUUUUGUUGCCAAAAAUGGAAGAACUGAACUUGGUUGACAUGUGGUUUCAACAAGAUGGCGCUACAUGCCACACAGCUCGCGAUUCUAUGGCCAUUUUGAGGGAAAACUUCGGACAACAAUUCAUCUCAAGAAAUGGACCCGUAAGUUGGCCACCAAGAUCAUGCGAUUUAACGCCUUUAGACUAUUUUUUGUGGGGCUACGUCAAGUCUAAAGUCUACAGAAAUAAGCCAGCAACUAUUCCAGCUUUGGAAGACAACAUUUCCGAAGAAAUUCGGGCUAUUCCGGCCGAAAUGCUCGAAAAAGUUGCCCAAAAUUGGACUUUCCGAAUGGACCACCUAAGACGCAGCCGCGGUCAACAUUUAAAUGAAAUUAUCUUCAAAAAGUAAAUGUCAUGAACCAAUCUAACGUUUCAAAUAAAGAACCGAUGAGAUUUUGCAAAUUUUAUGCGUUUUUUUUUAAAAAAAAGUUAUCAAGCUCUUAAAAAAUCU